CUCGUGAUCCACCCGCCUCAGCCUCCCAAAGUGCUGGGAUUACAGGCAUGAGCCACCAUGCCUGGCCACAAAUUGUUAAUUAUUAUAACUCUCUGCUUGCCAUAAUGUUAACUUACAAAGCAGUCCAUGAGUUUGCUCUAAGGUUAUGCAUUGCAUACCUUAAAGAUUGUUGUUGAUGUUGUUUUAUGAAAGCUAUUCAGUAAAGAGUUUAUCUGGCUAACAUAGACCCAAUAGAAAAAUUAAAAAGUAAAUAAAGUAAGAGUUUAACUAGUAUAUCAGGUGCCAGGAACUUCCUUAGCCCUUAGAUGCAUAACUAGCAUUAUAUAGUGUUUGUGGGAAUCAUGGGUCAGCAUUAAGUACUAUCAGCAAAAAAACUAUGGAUUGAUGGUAAAAGUUAAGAGGAAAAUAAGAGAGAGGAACCACACUCAGGAAAAGCAAUAUACCUGAAGAGUGAUAAAGUAUCACACAGUGGCUCACAGACCACUUACUACAUGUUGAAUAGGAACCUCUUUCUAGUCUUUCUUCAUAAUUCGUUUCACAACAUACCAUUUAUUAAGAUUUUUAAAAUACAACUAAUGAUGAAUACAAAUUGUGAAAAGUUCAGACUUUUUAAAUUGUAACUUUAAAUGUCUACCAGAGCAAGUCAGUGAUGGUAAAAUAUAAGUAUUCAACAUCAAAAUUUUUCUAUAUUACCAUUCUCCUUUAUAUUCAUUGACAACUUCUGAAUUAGAAAAGUCAAUCUCUGAUGUCUUGUAUCUUCUGCAGUUCAGCCAUUAUUAACAGAACUAACAUUUGAGGUUCUCAGCUAAAUUUUGAAGCCCGUUAAAUUUGAAGUUGGCCUAAACUUUUGCUCAAAGUGAAUUACCCCUAUUUUAUUUAGGGUUUUUGCCUAUUGCAACUGAUUUUCCUUUAUCCACAGCUGUUCUACAUAAUGUUAUGCAGUGUUUGGUUGAAUCCUUAACACUUUUCUUGCACUUUGCCUGCGUGUAGUUUGUACUUUCUGCAGUUUGGGGUUCCUGUGUGGAUUUGAUUUGCCACAUUCCGGGACCUCAUUGCAAGUGAUUCUGUUCCACAGUUUGAUGAUGUUCACAGAAGCAGGUAAGUGAGAGCUGGGGCCAGAUAUAAGCAGAAAGUCAGAACUUUUUUAUUUAAAAAUUAAAAAAAAAAUUUUUUGGAGGGGGUAAGAAAGUUGUAUCUUGCAGUCUUUUAGGACCACUGCCCUAACAACAUCAGAUAGGAUAUCUGUAAGUAGAAAGAAGCUAGGAAUGUGGAAUUGAAUUUCCUGCAUCAGCUGCGAUUACAAGGAGGGUAAGAGAAUGGUUGAGCUGAUUCUUUUCUAUUUUCUUUUCCUGGAAAUAGUGUGUAUUUUUAGUCAUUAACUAAUAUUUUGGUUUUGUUUAAUAUCCCAGAAGCAUUUAUUCCUCUCUUAAACAGGUAAAGUGCUCCUGAUGACACUCACUCAGAGAAUUUACCUUACCCUUCUUUCAGGGAAAGUGAAUUUUACAAGUUAAUUCUGCAUGUUUCCCCUACAACUGAUUUCAUUCUGUAUCAUUAAAUGGCUAUUUAUUUUCUCCCUUCUACUUAGUCCAAGAUGGGACAUUGUUGAGUUUUGUUUGAACAGUGUUUGUUAUGCUAAAAAAGGACACUGGGCCUGGGGGAACUCAUCCUGUGUCUAGAUCAACAAAUAGAACUCUGGAGGAUUCCUGAUCCUCUGGUUCCUCCCACGUGGUUUGAAAGGUGCUUACCCUUUCCAAUCAAAUAUUGACUUCUGCACUAAUCCAAACGGUUUUUUUUCUGAAGCUGUAAACUGAAAACAGAAAUAUUGCCUUGAGUGAGAGAAAUCUAGGAAGCAGUAGGUUUCAUUUUUUGUCAGCCUGCCUGGCCUUUACUUGGCUAACACUUGGGAGUGUUGACAGUCCUGAGCCCUCUUGGCAGAGAACAAAGGUUAGAAAGAGAGAAGCCCUCAGGCAGGGGGACAGAUCUCUCUUUGCCUCAUUAGGGAGAAUUCAGCCUUGUCUGUCUGGUUGGCAGGGCACACUUAAUCACUGAGACUCAGCAUUUCAGCAGUUUGCAAAGGAAAGUGAUAUGAAGGGACAGCUGCAAGUAAGUCACAGCCUAGAUCUGAAGAGAUCAAGCACUCACUUCACUUGGAGGAAAGAGAGAAGGAAGGAAGCUGAGGACUUAGCAGGCUGCCUAUGGUGAUCAAUAACCAGUAAAUACUGAAUAAAUCUUACUGAUAACCUGGGUGUGAGAGACUUGAAUGAGAAGUGAAAGGUCAAGCAUAUGAAAACACUUCACAUGUGUCCAGCUUGUAAAAUUCUAUUCCAUGUCUGUUCUGCAUAUAGUCUCCACGUAUCACUGGACAGGCCAUGGCUCCACGGUCCCGGCGACGAAGGCACAGGAAACCUCCCUCAUCAGUGGCUCCCAUCAUUAUGACCCCAACCACAAUUGUGACCCCUAUGCCUCUGACCCCCUCAAAACCGGGCCCUAGCAUUGACACACUUGGCUUCUUCUCCUUGGAUGAUAAUGUUCCUGGCCUAUCGCAGCUGAUCCUUCAAAAGCUGAACAUGAAAAGCUAUGAAGAAUACAAGUUGGUGGUAGAUGGGGGUACCCCUGUAUCAGGCUUUGGAUUUCGAUGUCCUCAAGAAAUGUUCCAGAGGAUGGAAGACACAUUUCGAUUCUGUGCUCACUGUAGAGUACUCCCUAGUGGCCUUUCAGACUCCAAGGUUCUCCGGCACUGUAAGAGGUGCAGAAAUGUCUAUUACUGUGGUCCGGAGUGCCAGAGGUCAGACUGGCCUGCACACAGGAGGGUUUGUCAAGAGCUUCGUCUUGUGGCCGUGGACCGUCUCAUGGAAUGGCUUCUGGUCACAGGUGAUUUUGUCCUACCCUCAGGACCUUGGCCAUGGCCCCCUGAAGCUGUACAGGACUGGGACUCCUGGUUUUCUAUGAAGGGGUUACACCUAGAUGCUACACUGGAUGCUGUGCUAGUCAGUCAUGCCGUGACCACUUUAUGGGCCAGUGUAGGACGGCCAAGGCCAGACCCAGAUGUCCUGCAGGGAUCUUUGAAGCGGCUGCUGACAGAUGUCCUGUCACGGCCCUUGACUCUGGGCCUAGGACUUAGGGCCUUGGAGAUAGAUGUUAGGAGGAUUGGGGGAAGCACAGUGCAUGUGGUUGGUGCUUCCCAUGUGGAGACAUUUCUUACUCGCCCUGGGGACUAUGAUGAACUUGGCCACAUGUUUCCUGGGCACCUUGGACUCCGUGUGGUCAUGGUGGGUGUAGAUGUGGCUAAUGGCUUUUCACAGAGCACCUCAACUUCACCCCUGGAACCUGGCACAAUUCAGCUUAGUGCCCACAAGGGCCUCUAUCAUGACUUCUGGGAGGAGCAAGUAGAGACUGGGCAGACAGACCAUCCAGAUUUGGUGGCAGCAUUCCAUCCAGGUUUCCAUUCCUCCCCAGACUUGAUGGAGGCUUGGCUGCCCACCCUGCUGCUACUUCGUGACUAUAAGAUUCCUACAUUGAUUACUGUUUACAGUCAUCAGGAGUUGGUAUCCUCUUUGCAGAUUCUGGUGGAACUGGAUACACACAUCACUGCCUAUGGGGCUAAUCCUUUCAUGUCCCUCAAACCUGAACAGGUCUAUUCCAACCCCAACAAGCAGCCAGUAUACUGCAGUGCAUAUUAUAUCAUGUUUCUUGGAAGCUCCUGUCAGCUGGAUAAUAGUCAAUUAGAAGAGAAAGUGGAUGGUGGGAUUUAAAUAGAUCAUGACUGGACAUCUGGAAAAUGGGGAGGUUGUGAUGAAAUUACCCUGCUAAUGCCAAAUUCUUGCAAACUUUGAAAAACACUAUAUUCUAAACCUCAUUCACUGUUUGGGUAAAAAUUCUAAGCUGAAUGAGAGUUUUUGUAUAACGUAAUUAGUUUCUUUCUUUUUUUGAGAUGGAGUCUUGCUCUGUUGCCUAGGCUAGAGUGCAGUGGCGCGAUCUCGGCUCACUGCAGCCUCCACCUCCUGGGUUCAAGCGGUUCUCCUGCCUCAGCCUCCCUAGUAGCUGGGAUUACAGGUGCGCACCACCACACCUGGCUAAUUUUUGUAUUUUCAGUACAGACAGAGUUUCGCCGUGUUGACCAGGCUUGUAUCAAACCCUUGAUCUCAGGUGAUCUGCCUGCCUUGACCUCCCAAAGUUCUGGAAUUACAGGCAUGAGCCACCAUGCCCAGCCAAUGUAACUGGUUUCUAAGAGUUUAGCCACAGUACCUUUUAGAGAUAGGAAAUUAGAUUGAGUGGGUGGGAAGAGGCCCUGAUGUUAGUCUUUCCAGAGCUUAUAGUUCCUAACACUUUCCUUUGUAAGGAAGUUUACCUUUUGACUGGAACCAGAUGGCACUGAGGAGAAGAAUGAGAACCACCUUAUUCUUCUGAAAAAGACUUUCUUCUCAUCCAGUAAUUUGGGCUAAAAAAUGGAAAGAUGUUGAUGAUUUGAAGUGGUAGAAGAAUGGACAAGUCAGGGAAGUCACUGGGAACAUGGAUGAGGUUGUAAGCAUUGGUAUACUGUCCUGUUUCCUGGCUUUUUUGAGAGAAAUGUCUAAUUUUCCUGUUUUCUCUUGGGGACUUUUGACCCUAGAGUAGCCCUGGUGUUGUAUUUGAGAUAUCCCAAGCUAUAUCAGACUUUACCUGAAUAUACUGGAGUUACUUUUUAUCCCCCAUUCUAUAGCCCAAUAAACUCAGUUUGGGGCUUCUCAA